ACGGCCUAAACGCCUGUGGUAUAUAAAGACUACAUUCGGUUUCCAACAGCUUACGAAUACCUGUGUAGUGUGGUAAGUCCAUUUGUAUAUAACCUUUCGUGCGUAGACAGACGCUCUAAUUUAUAUUCCGUUAUAUCGGUCUCGGAAGCAGCGUCGUAUGAAUCAUAUUAUAAUUACAUACAUAUACGUCUUGGUGAUUUAGCGAAGGCGAGGGAUCGUUUAGUUUUAAUUUAAGGUGCAACAUGAGAGUAGUUAGGUUGGUGUGGUUCGUGGUGGUUUGGUUGUUUGUAUCGCAAACAACAGAUGCGAGUUUCAACAGUCACCGCUCCAAUAAUGGGACGUUCUUAUAUACUUGUGGAGGUACUACCCAUUAUUUUUCUGAUGCUGUUGAAUUAUGCGAGCAAGCGAACGCACAACUGGCUGUAAUUAACACGGAGGAAAUGUUUAACGGCGCUCUGCAAGUUUUUGGCAAGUGUUUCAAAGCAUAUUUCUGGAUCGGUUUAGGCAGAAAUGAAAGUACUGGUAACGAAUAUCGGUGGUUGGAUGGUUCUCGGUUUGAUUCUGGAAAAGUUGGUGGGAGAACAAUUAAAUAUAAUGAUACUAAAGGUUGUGUGGGAGGUGCGUUACAGAGGCCAAAUAUUUUAACAGCCACAGUGUGUAAUGGCCUGUACCACGUUCUUUGUUUCACCACACAAAACAUAUCAACAAUAACGACAACAACAAAAGCCGAAACCACAGUCGCAGCUACAACGUAUAACCCAACAAGCACAAAACCAAUAACUGAUAGUCAAACAAGCACACAACUAACAUCAGAAUCUGGUGGCCGGACAAGCACACAUGCUACCACAAAUGAACGAACAGCUGCACUACCAACCAGUGCACCGAUAGAGACAUGGCUGAUUAUUGUGAUAGCUGUCGGGGGGAUUUUAUUCUUGGUAUUUCUGGUUGGAAUUAUCUACUGCUGUUGCUGCAGAAAGCGAAAAGAUAUAAAGACAUCAGUUGAAAUUGAAGACAACCAAGCUGGAAAUUAUCAGACUAUUGAACACCUGUCUGAGAACGUUUACGAAAUCGCUGAAAUGGAUGCUCCCCCGCCGCCACCCCUACCGCCAGCUUUAGCAGACGAACCUGCUUUAUCGGACUAUGUCUCAAUGCGAAGUUUAAGUCAGCGCGACCCAGCUACUGGGGACGGAUAUGGUACAAUAGAUCAAUCAGUGGCUGACCCAGAAGCAUACUCAACACUUUAUGACGAAACACCAACCGAUGAUUCACCCGUAAACAAAGACGACGAGAGCUACGGAGGAAAUAGAUCUAUGUACGCUAGUGUAAACAAAUCUCCAAUCAAAGAAUCAACAUAUACAGUAGAUAGAACCAGUUGGUGACGUGACAUGUAGCUUUAUGACGUAACAGCAAAAUUCUUGAACAAAAUGUUUGUUUGAACAUAAUGAUCAUUGUUACGAAACAAUACGCCCGGUUUCGUUGUGGUUUAAUGCGUUUUCUCAUAUUUGUUUAUAGUUUGAAAGGUUUAUAAUACGCAGCGGUUAAACUUAAAUGUCCAAAAAGUAGUUCCCAAGACUUGGGGUAGCUCUAGUGUUUAAACCUGUGCCACAGUUUAGUUAAAAUAUUGAAGAAAACUUGAUGUUUCUUGUUUUAACGCCCGUUGAAAUACGACCGAAUUAAACAGAUUUUUCUUAAACUG